AUGUCCCACCGGGUCGGACUGCUGCUGCCCCGUUUCUUUACUGGCUUCGCUCUCGGCUUUGUCAACAUCAAUACUCUUCCGACUCUGUUCGACUUGUUCGGGGCGUCACUCAUGUCAGAGCAACCACACCAAGAAAUCGUCAUAUACGAUGAUGUCCGUCGUCAAGGAGGUGGCAUAGGAGUUUGGCUGGGUGUUUGGGUGUUCUGCUUUACCAGCUCCUUGUCAAUCGGGUUUUGUGUUGGUGCGUGCAUCAUUUCCGGCCUGGGCCCAAGUUGGGGUUUCUAUAUCGUCGUGAUUUUGCUUGCAUUCUUCCUCCUGAUCAACGUCGUGGCUCCGGAGACUCGACGAGCUCCGUAUCGUCGCUCAAUAACACAAUUCGUAGACGAGGAAGAUCCAGAGACGGUGAAGCGAAGAGUCGCAAGAGGCGAAAUCAAGUUGCACAUUUCCAACGAUGGUCCGAAAUGGUGGUUCGAGGAGGUGUGGGCUGGGAUGAUUCUGAUGAAGCGGCUGGCGUUCCAGCCAGGUUUCUUUAUUCUCAUGUGGUAUUUGGCCUGGGUCAAGGCAGAACUCAACCUUAUCCUGCUGUUCUUGGGCGCUCUGUUAUCGCGUGACUACCAAUGGCAGUCCCACUACGUCGGACUCGCUACACUGUCUAUCUCAGUUGGUGCUGUACUCGCCCUGCCACUGACCAAGGCAUCGUGGUUCAGUCGCUCGCGCGUCGCCUCUCCACGUACAGAUAGCAUGACGUUUCAGCCAAGGAUCACAUGGACUUCACAUCUGCUCCGGCGUUCGAUCUUCACGUUGCUACUGCCAUUUGCCGCUCUUGGCUAUUGCUUGUCAGCUCGCGGACCACCGCUGACCUGGGUACCAGCUGUAAUUUUCGCAGGCCUGCUUGGCUUUCUCACCGACCUGGGCAUUGCAGAAUGUAUCGGUCUCAUUAUGGAAACAUUCGACACAUGCGACCUGCAACCUGGAGUCAACACGAAGCAUCGUCUACAAUCGAUGUCAUCCACGGCACAGCGCCGCCGCACGAACUACUCCUCAUUUCCUCGUGUUUGUGCUGCAUUCUUUGCUGCACAAGCUUUGGGUUUCUUCCUCUCUGCUGCCGCCACUGGCGUAUCAGGGAUCGUAACACGCACGUACGGGGCACAGACGGCCAUCGCAGUUGUCGCUGGAAUCGUCCUCGGCGUUACGGUCUUAUUACUCACCAUCAUCUGGCGGUGGAAGCAAGUCCAGGUCAUCCCGAAUUACACCAACGGUCCAGGGGGGUCCGGUGAAAGGUCACUCGAUGCGUCAAGCGCUGGACCGGCUUCGACCAACCCGGAGGAUUGGCGGCCGGUCAUAAUCGGCAAUCCAUCGGGAAAGAUGAGACGUAUGAACGUACUGGAGAUGGGCGCCUGGACGCGAUGGACGGAGAUCAGAAGGCUCAAUAUGCUCAUUCCUGACACGUAA